AUGUCGCAAGCAUUGUCCGACCAGCAGGUCGAAAAUGAGCUCCGCAAGAUGACCGCGUUCAUCAGGCAGGAAGCUAUGGAGAAGGCCCGCGAGAUCGAGAUCAAGGCCAACGAGGAGUUCGAGAUCGAGAAGUCCAAGCUCGUCCGCCAGGAGACCGAUGCCAUCGACGGCCAAUACGAGAAGAAGUUCAAGCAGGCCACCAUGUCUCAGCAGAUUACCCGCUCGACUGUCGCCAACAAGACCCGCCUCAAGGUUCUCGGUGCCCGACAGGAGCUGCUCGACAGCAUAUUCGAGGAUGCCACCAAGAAGCUCGCCGAGGGCACCAAGGAUAAGGCGAAGCACCAGAAGGCGCUCAAGGGUCUGAUCCUCGAGGGAUUCUACGCCCUCAAUGAGCCCGAGCUUCAGAUCAAAUCACGGAAGAAGGACUUUGAAUUGGUGAAGAAGGCUAUUGAGGAGGCCGCCAAGGAGUACAAGAAGGAGGUGGGCAAUGACGUUGCGGCCAAGAUUAUCGAGGACGACCCUCUACCCGACUCACUUGCGGGUGGCGUCAUCAUCAUCGGCGGGGAUGGAAAGAUCGAGAUUGACAACACCUUCGAGACCCGAUUGAAGCUCCUCGAGGACUCCGCCGCUCCCGCGGUGCGUGAGGCUCUGUUCGGGAAGAACCCGAACCGUAAGUUCGUCGACUAA